AUGAAUUACGGUGUUGACGUAGAGACUGAGGGGGCAUACAAGGGCGAGUCGUAUGUGGAAUGGUACGGCAUGCAUGAUACUGGUCGUGUGGUUAAAAAAGAGAAGCGCCCUGUACCGGGAGGCAAGAAGGAAGCCUCCACGGCUGAAGCCACUGUGACCAGCGCCCCAGCCAAAACAGAAGACACCAUCGAUGAUGAUGAGAGAAAGCAUUCGAAUAUUGGAAAGCCCUCUGCACAGCGAUGCACGAAACGAAAGCGAAAAGUAGAACCCUCUUUUGCCGACUUUCCCGGCCCCAAGUGCCAUGUCGGCAAUCUCAACGUGGAAGGUCUUUUGCGUCACAUGCUGCGUAUGCCGGGAGUGAACCCCUCAAUGUUCUACGUCGGUCACAUGUUUACGCGAUUUUGUUGGCACACCGAGGAUGCCUUUUUGAAUUCAGUUUCCUACCUUCACCGCGGAAGCACUGACAAGAAUUGGUACGCUAUGCUUCCGAAAUACGCAGAGGCGUUCGAGACAUUUGCUGCCGAGAAUAUUUUCAAUGAUGGGCUGGCCAAGGACUAGCCUUAGCCUUCUGCACAGAGAUCUCUGAUGUGCAAGACAACCAUGUUUGAUCCGAGGGAACUGAAAAGCCGCCAUGCCAAGCGAUCGGAACCAUGUGCCUGCCACCCGACGAAAACGUCACACUUUUUUCGAUCUCUGUGGCAAACAAUUAUGUCCUGCUGGAUUUUUUGAAAUUAUCCGCCUGCACUGUUGUACCCUUCGGUACAACGUGCCGGUGGCCGCGAGCAUUCCCACGCACAGAGAGCGACUUUCAAAAAUGUUUUGAGCUUCGGGUGUGGGACGUGGAGACGGGAGCACAAGUCGGGGACGCGUUAGUUGGACACACGGAUCGCGUGGUUCGCGUUGUGAUUAAUGGGGACGGAAGACGUGUGGUAUCUGGAUCCCAUGACGGGAGCGUGCGGGUGUGGGACGUGGAGACGGGAGCACAAGUCGGGGACGCAUUAGUCAGACACACGGAUCGCGUGCUUAGCCUUGAAAUUAGUGGAGACAGAAGACGUGUGGUAUCUGGAUCGCGUGACAUGAGCGUGCGGGUGUGGGACGUGGAGACAGGGGCACAAGUCGGGGAGGCGUUAGUUGGACACACGAGUCUUGUGGAUAGCGUUGCGAUUAGUGGGGACGGAAGACGUGUGGUAUCUGGAUCGCAUGACAUGAGCGUGCGGGUGUGGGACGUGAAGACGGGAGCACAAGUCGGGGACGCGUUAGUUGGACACACGGGUCCGGUGGAUAUCGUUGCGAUUAGUGGGGACGGAAGACGUGUGGUAUCUGGAUCGGAGGACAAGAGUGUGCGUGUGUGGGACGUGGAGAGAGGGAUCACACUUCAUAUCCAAGAAUUCGGGACGCGGUCCUCAGGAAUCCUGAGGACAGCAGACUUGGGGACUGCCUCUCGCGCAGGACGAAGAUCACAAAUAUUUUCAAGGAAGGGAGAAAUUGUGCAAAGGCGAGAGGAUGGGUCUGAGGCUGUCUUGGCCCAGUUGGAGGGUCGAGCAGUCUUGCAAAUAGACCACGAUCAUGGGGUGGCAGUCGGAUGGUCGGGUCAUCUGGUUGCUAUCAUGAAGCUAGUGGUCUAAGUUGCGGAAAGGGAUAGACGCUUGGCGCCCGAGACAUUAGUAGUGCGUUGCAACUGUGCACGGUAGUAGUGGGGAAGGUUUUUUGUUUUGUUUUGUAAUGAAUGCGUGAGAAGCUUGCUUCACGGACGUGCAGUCCAUGUAUGUGUAUGUAU